AUGAAGAACCGUUUCAAUUUGAGCGAUGUUGUCGCUGCUGUCAAAGAGCUCAAACCGCUGGAAGGGAUGCGUGUUAACAACAUUUACGACAUUGACAACAAAACCUACCUUAUUAAACUUCAUAGGUUGCGUUUUGUGCAUUUUUAGAAUUUAUUUUAUUUUCAGCAAGGAGGAGAAGGCUGUGAUAUUGUUUGAAUCCGGCCUGAGAAUCCACAAAACUUUUACCGAUUGGCCAAAGUCGACUACCCCUUCUUCCUUCACUAUGAAGUUGAGGAAACAUGUAAAGCAAAAGAGGUGGAAAUUUGGAAGUUUCCGGAAAUAAUACAGGAAACUUGAAGAAUUCGAGAAGUACGACAAUUGGGUAACGACAGGGUUGUAGUGAUAACUUUCGGAGAAGAUGAGAGGACGAAUUAUUUGAUUAUCGAGCUUUAUGAUAGGUUUUCCUUAUUAAAUUUAAGUUUUGAUUCAUCAAGAAUCUCAUUUAGAGGAAACGUGAUUCUCACCGAUGAUCAGCACAUGAUUUUGAAUAUUUUACGGCCGAGAACUGACAAAGAAUUGGGAAGAUUCGCAGUGAAAGAAAGGUUUAUAUUGAAAGAAAAAGUCUGGGAAUGAGUUAUUUUUUUUUUAGCUACGACGUCUCGAAAAUCCCCGAAGACACCUGGGAAAAGCUCAAUAAGGAAAAUGUGGAAAAAGCGCUGGAAAAAGCCAAGAAAGGAGAUUCUCUCCUACAAAUUUUAGCUCCAAUUACCCGUUAUGGAAACGCGAUUUCUCGCGAAGUUUUCCUGAAAGUUGGCCUGGAUCCGAAUUUGAAGGUCUCUGACUUCAUAAAAAGUGGAAAAAUGAUAAAUUUCUUUUAGUACGAUCCGGGAAGUGAGAAAAUGAAAGAAGUGAUCGAAAAAGUCGACGAAAUCCAGGGGCUUUAUGACGAGGUGUAGUAUUUUUAAGCGUUUUCGAGUCUUUGGGGAUCUUCCUUGCUGUAAAAUAUUAAAGAAUCUUAUAAAAAAAUAAUGAAAAAAAGUUACAAAAAUUGAUAGUUUUCUGCAUUUUUUUAGCUAUAUUUUUUUGAUAGUCUUUCAUGUUGUUUCUAUGUUAUUAUUACUUUAGAAUCUAGAUUUCCUUUCUAUCUAGAAUUCUGUUUCCUCUAGAAAUUCCGGUAUUUUUGAGUUAUUUUUUUAAAUAGAAUUAUCUAUGUAUUCUCAAAAUAUUCCUGGUUUUUUUUCAUCAAGCAGAUCCCUGGAGCUCAACGAUUUAUGAUAUUUUUUUCAGAAAAAUAUUAAUAUUCUUCAGAUUUGGGAGAGUAUUUCCGCGAAAAAUUGCCAAGGAUUUGUUACCUACAACCUUCAAAAACGGGAAGAUGGCGUCGUUUAUGAAAUGUACAAGGUUUUGUCUGACUUUGUGAAUUUUACAAAAAAAUAAAAAAAUUGAGGAUUUCAAUCCAAUGCAAAUCACCGACAAAGGAACGGAGACCAAAGUUUUCCCGACUUUUUGCGAAGCCGUCGAUGAGUUUUUCUCCAAGAUCGAAUCUCAGAAACAGGUUUUCAAUUUGAAAUUAGUUAAUUAAAUAUUAUUUUAGGAGCAAAAAGCGCUGAAUGUGGAGAAGCAGGCGUUGAAGAAGCUGGAAAACGUGAAAAAGGACCAGGAAAGCCGAGUCGAGGCGUUGGAAAAGGCCAAGUUGGAGCGGGAAAUCAUGGCCGACCGAAUUAUUGUCAAUUCGGUUAGUCAUUUUUGAAUUUUGAGGGUGAAAAGUGCAUGACUUUUGAAGGAAAAGUUAUAAAAAUGACAAAAAAGGUUUUACGACUUCACGGUUUCUACUUAUUGACAGGCUUUUUCUUAAUUUUGAUCGAUUCUUUCGGUGUUUUUGUAUAGAUCUCAACGAUAUUCCAUCUUUUAUAAAAAAAUAAAUUUUUUUAUAUAGCUUCACCUCUAAGGAUUUUUGAAUGAAAUCACCUAAUUUUUUUCGAUUUUUUUGAAUGAAUUUAUCGAGUUUGGAUAUUCCAAUCAUGGGGACUUUUUUCAGCUAUACUUUCAAGGCUUUUGAAUUUCAACUUCUUGAUAUUUUGUAAAAAGUACAAAGAUUUCGUAUAUUCAUAAGAAUAGAACUCUUAUUUUAGCUCUGAUCGAAUUUUUAUUCCGAUUAGAAAUACCCGAUUUUCGGUGUUUUUUUACAUUAAAAAAAUUUUUUUACAAAAAUUCAAUUUAAAGGAACUCGUCGAAAGAGCAUUAUUACUGAUCCGAACAGCUUUGGCCAAUCAAUACACCUGGGAAACGAUUUCCGAAAUGAGAAAAACGGCCGCCGAAAAAGGGGAUCCUGUGGCAAAGUUGGAUAGGAAAAAACUUCAAAAAUUUAAAAAUAUGCAUUUUCAGAUCGAUAGUCGCGUUGAAUUUCGACCGAAACGAGUUCACGAUGCGUCUUGGAGAUCCGUACGAUCCGGAACUCAAACCGUUUGUUUUUUAAAGAUAUUUCCCUUCAAAAAUAUUUAUUUAGAGUCGACGUCCCCAUUGAAAUUUCGAUGAACGCCAGCAAAAACGCCCAAAGAUAUUUUACGGAUAAGAAAUCAGCUGGUGAAAAGGUGAAAAUCUUCAGGUUUUUCAAGGGCUUCAAAGACUUGAAAAUAUUUUACGGGAAAAUUAGAAAAAAUUGGUCUAAAUGAGUGCAAAUAAGAAUUUUCCUUGUCAUAUUCACGUCUUUCAACAUUGGAAACUGGUUUUUUUGUUCAUAUCUUAUUAAUUAUCAAUCAAUUUAUAGAUUUUUAGUGGUUAUCCCUAAACAAUCAUUUUAGAAAAAAUGAUCUGAAUAUAUAUUAUUUCCAUGUUUCAAAAAAAUUUGCUUUUUCCCCCGUAUAGAUGCUUUUUAUUUUAGUUUUAUUGAGUAUUUUUUGAUUUUGAGGAAUUUUUGAAGGUUCUCUUACUUCAAUAUCGAUAUAAGAGCUGAUUCUCGUUUCUUAUAGAAUUUCGAAACUUUUUUUUCCAGUUUCUUUUAUUUUUGUAGAAAUUUUUGGAGUUUUUUUGUUGCUGUCUGCGUUUUUCUCUAUUGAUUUUUUAUUUUUUCGAUUUUUAUAACUUUCUUGGUAUCUGCAAGUGGAAAAGUAGCAGAUGUUAGAAUUUCCCAAACAAAAAGGUCUUGAAUAACGAUAAAUGAUAAUCGGAACCCUUCCUGUCAUUUUUUGUUAGCUAUUCCGAAUUCUGUCGCUUUCUUCGUUAAUUUUCCUAUUUUCCCAUGUUUACAGUUUCAUUGUCAACAUUUCAAGAGAUUUUCAGCUUUUUUUUCGGUCAUUUUCGACGGUUUCUGAAGUUGGAAAAUUAUAUUGAACGUGACGUUGAACGUGAAAUAUGGAAUUUUUUUCAAUUUUUUUGAGAAGCUUCUCAAAAAAACAGAAAAUAUUUAAAGGAAUGUCAUUUUUACUUGAUGAACUCUGCCUCUCUUUGUGAUGAAUAAUUUCUCUUUUUGAGGUCCAAAAAACUCUGGCCUCAUCGGGACAAGCCAUCAAAAACGCCCAGGAAAAGGCGAGAACCACAAUGGCCCAGGUUUUUACUUCAAACUGUACCUAUUCUAUUUGUAAUCCUUUUUUUCUAGGUUCGAAUCACAACGGAAAUCAAGAAAACACGGAAAGUCAUGUGGUUCGAAAAGUUCCAUUGGUUUGUCUCCUCGGAAGGAUAUAUCGUGGUCGGAGGACGGGAUGCCCAGCAAAAUGAGCUCCUCGUCAAAAAGUAGAUUUAAUGAUAAGAAAAAAUAAGAAAAUUUGGUGUUUUAGGUACCUCCGCAGUGGUGACGUCUAUGUUCAUGCUGACGUUAGGGGAGCUUCUUCCGUUGUUAUUAGGUUUUUUUGGGAACUUGUGGAUUUUUAGAGAAGGGAAACUUGAAUAACUGAAUUAUUAAUGAAGCUUGAAAAAAAUUCUGUUUAUUGGGUAGCAAUUUCAGUAGAUAAUUUGAGUGGGGUCUUGGAAUAAACCUUGAAAAAAAUAUUAUCUUUUUUUAAGUUUAUGAAUCAAAUUUUCAUCGAAAUUCUAUUUUCAUACGUUUUUUUAAAAAUUUCAACUUCAGUGGAUCGUUUAGGAAGUUCUCCAAACAGCAAAAUUUUUGAGAGAAGAUAAAAAAAUAAACUUUAAAGAAUGAUUAAAUUUUUCAUUUCAGUAGUUAGACUAUUGGUGUGUAAAAUAAUACCACAAUGCUUCAAUUUUUCAAUCGUUCCUCUUAUGUUUAUAUGUUAAAGCAAUAUGGGAACCUGAUUUUUUUGAAAUAAAUUGAUUGUUAAAAUUGAAAUAAACGUCAAAAAAAUUCUAGUACUGUGUUGAGAAAAAUUUAAAAAAAUGUGCAAAAAAAUAGGCUUCAUUUUAUUUUUCAAAAAAAUGUUUACGAUAAUAAUUUUCUUCGAUUUUUUUCCGUUUUAACCCAAUUUUCCUUCGAUUUUCGACAUGAAACUUCUCUCUUUUCGAGUUACCAUUUAGAUUUUCUACUUUUAUUAUUGCAUUUUUCCUAGAAACAAAGCCGGCGGCGGCGAUAUCACACCAAAAACUCUAACCGAAGCGGCUCAAAUGGCGGUUUGUUAUUCGAACGCCUGGGAGGCGAACGUCUCGGCGGCCGCCUGGUGGGUCCGUCACGACCAGGUUCCCUCUGAAAAACCUCCCUUCUUACCUGAGAUUCCCCAUCUUAGGUUUCUCGAACGGCUCCCACCGGCGAGUACCUUCCCUCCGGAUCUUUUAUGAUCCGUGGAAAGAAGAAUUUCAUGCCCCCGAGUCAACUUGUCAUGGGAUUCGGCCUGCUUUUUAAGCUGGACGAGGAGAGUGCUGAGCGGCAUCAACUCGACCAGGAGAAACUGAAAGCCGAGGAGGAGAAGCUGGAGGAGCCCGUCGUUGAGCUGGAGGAGGAGAAGGAGCUCGACGAGUUUCCUGAUGUUCAGGUGCUGAGGAGAAAUGAAGAGGAAGUUCAUUCCAUUUUAAGGUUUUGAAUUUCCUAAAAAUUGGUUAGAAUAAUCCUUGAUGUGCCAGAGGAACAUUCUGAAAGUCUUAACUAGGUCAACUUUCUAAUUUUUAAAAAAGGACACCUCGAAGUUGAAGAAAAUCCGUUAUAGCAGGCCUUUUUGGAGGCUUAAAAGCCCUUAUUUCUCAAAAACUGGAAAGUUUUGCAGGUUGAGAUUUUCAGGACCUUAAGUCGAAACUCCAAAGGCUAUUCUGACGAAUUUUUCAGAAAAUUCUGAACUUAGUGAAAUUACCUUCCUUGUCAGUUGAAGCCUGUAUAUCUAACUGAAUUUUUAUCUCAAAUCUUCAGAAAAAUCAAAUUAAGUGACAUUUUGCGUGUUUUCUUGCCAUAUGAAUUACGAAAGACACCAUUAUUUUUUAUAAAAAGUCCUUUUUUUAAUGAUUAUUCGUUCUCAAUUUAUUUAAUUAAUUUCAUUCUUUCGAGAUUUUUCUUUCAGAGGUUGUUUUCCUAACCUUGUCAUUUUUUUGAGCUUUUUCCCAUUUUUAAACUUAAAUUGUCUUCCGUAAAAGCUUCAAAACAGUUUACAGCUUAAUUUAAGGUCUCCAUCCCGAUCGCCUCCGAAGAGGUGACUUUCAUCGAUGUCGGACCGAAAAAUGUCAAAAAACAAGCGGAAACCCGGGAAGAUGUCACCCAACAGUACCUCGAAGAGCAGGCCAAAGCUGAGGUAUUUUUCAAAGAAAAAAAAAUAAAACGAAAAUAAAAUAGAUCGGCGAGAGUGCAAGGACACAGCGGAGAAAAAUGCGCAAGGAAAAAUUGGCCAAGCAAAAAUACAAGGAUCAGACCGAGGAAGAUCGACAGAUCCAGAUGGAAUUGUUGAAGUCGACCGGUGAGAUUGAAAAAUGGAAAAUUUAGACCAAUAAGUUGGAAAAUGGCCAGAAAGAAAGUUUAUUUUCGCUACUCGAAUAAAUCCACUCUGUGCUCUAAUCUGGAAACUAAAUUAAUUUUUUUUACAGGAAAGAAGCCCGAACCAGUUCCCGAGAAGAAACCGGAACCUCCCAAGCAGAAGUUCGAAAAACCGGUAAGAUAAAGAGUCAAGAAAAUAAAAUAAAAAUCCACAGCAAGCCGAGUUGAAAUCAAGAGAGCCCAAGCCUCAACCUGCCGAAGAAGAGGAUGAGGAUGAGAAAGAAGCCGCUCAGGACGAUAGUGAUGGUGAUUUUUAGAGAAGUUUAGACCAGAAAAUAAGAAUUUUCAGCAAAAUGCUUUAAAAGUUUUCUCCACGAUUUUUCAAUAAAGUUAUUUUUGAAAUUUUAAACUUAUAGGCAAAGUCGGAAAGGGAAAAGGCUCCAUAGAAAUGUUCCUUUUAGGGUAAUGAAGGCUCCCUUUUUGGUGCCUUUCCGCGCCAUUUCAUCGACUCUUGUGCACCAUUUUUGCUGCUUCUCCCUUUUUCCACCAUUUCUUGAGCCAGUAAAAAUGGAAGGCCCGAUAAAGGGACUCUUUUUGCUGCCUUUCUGCGGCCUUUCUACGACCUUUUUUGAGCCUUUCCCUUUUAGCCGUCUAGGGAUCAUCCAACUUUGAAAGCCCCUAACUUUUUUCACAGGCCUCGAGGGCAGUUUUUGAGCCCAGAUUUGGAAUUAGCGUGAAAAACUACAUCUAGUGAACCUGGUCUCAUUCAGAAGUCCCACUGCAAAUGGAGACCAUUCACUAGUAAGAAAAGUUAUCUCUUUUUUGUUUUUUUUAGUUUUUUCCUCCUUCUUUUAUUCCAUUCGCUACGACUGGAAACCGUCUGACUUAUCUGCGCUCUCUUUUCUCUAGCUGGCAAGGUCAUAGAGGCUUGAAAAUAGCGAAUGAACAGAAGAGAGUGCAGAGAAAUUUUAAUACUUCCAAUUUUUGGAAGAUCUCAAAGGUUGAGAAAAAACAUUGGAAGAAAAAAUGGAACAGAUGGAUUUUUUUUAUCAAAAUAAAAUUUUCACUUUUGAGUUUUUGAGCUUAUUUGAAUUUUUUAUGACUUCAGGAAGAGUUUCAGAAUAUUGAAAAAAAAAAAGAAUUUUGAAAAGAAAUUUUUUAGCCAUGCUCAAAUCGUUGACCGCGAAUCCGCGCGAAGAUGAUAUCCUGAUGUAUGUGGUCCCCGUUGUUGCCCCCUACCAGGUUUCUCAUCUUUCAAAUCUCGAUAGAAAUGGAAAGGGCUUUCAGACUCUGAACAGCUACAAGUACAAGGUGAAAGUUCAGCCGGGGACCGGCAAACGAGGAAAAGCCGCAAAACAGGCCAUCGAGCUUUUCUCCGUGGGUUUUUCGUUGAUAGAGGUUGAGGAGAUGACGAAUUGGAGAAUUUUAUUGAUAUUUGUAAUGCGUUGAAUCUUUUCUAAUUGUUAUUUUUGGGAGAUAACUGGAAAGUAAGAGGAUUGUCUUAAAGACAAAUGCGAAAAAAAAAGUUUGAAUAGCCUAAUUUUUCCGCUUUUUUUUCGAAAAGUUCUAGCGGUUGAAUAAAAAGUGUGAUAGCAGGCGACAAACAGCAAGUUUUAGAAAAAAAACGAGAAGGAAAAUGUUUUUUUCGACAAGUAGGAACAUUUGAAGUUAUAGUUUGUAAGGUCUGCAACUUGAAAAAAAUAAAAAAAUCAAGUUUUACCUUUAAAAAAAGGGGGGAGGGUAUAACUGCACUCUACAGAAUUUGAAGCAUGUUGGGCACUCUUUUUUGAAAAAAAGCAAGAUGAGAAUAAUAUUCGGGUAUAUUUUUUUUCAAAAUAAUUAUCUGUUUUUUUCAAGUUUUGACCUUUGAGAAGGUUCAAAAAUACACUUUUUCAGACUGAACUCUUAGAGUUUUUUUAAAAAAAGCAUGUUUUUUUGAGACAUUUUAAAAAGGUUUUGCGUCUUGAAAAAAAUGCCCAAAAAGGAGAAGAAUGUAUAUUUUUCUCAAACUUACGGUGUAAUUCUUUUAACUUUUUGACACGCAAAAAGUUCCAAAAAUACAGCCUUUUUGAACUGAAUUCUCGAAAUUUCUCACAAAAAAAGCAUGAUUUUUUUGUAGGUUUCUAUAAAUUGUGAAAGAAAGGAGAAUAGAUUUUUUUAUUUUUUUAUUUCAUGUGGAAAUUUUUUUAUCUGGUUUUUUUCAUGACCCAUGGAACGGUCAAAAAUACAAUUUUUUUGAUGCCUUGUUAAUAUUCUAGAAAAAUCAUGAUAUUUCUCAUUCUAGAGAGGGAAAAACGGGCCGAGAGACGGCGUUGAUCAAAGCCCUGGCUUCGGAAGACGCGACUUCCAGAAAUCUUCCACCCAAAAUUCGUGUCCUUGCCCCGAACUUGCAUGCCAAUAA